GAAGAAACACAUUUGACAAGGCUUUCGUAGGAGUUGUGGGCAUUUCCAGGAGUUGUUUUAUGACCCUGGUGGUAGUUUGACCCUUCUACUGUAGCAUGAACCUGAAGAAACACUCAUUACAACCCGACUGGACCCCCUCUUUAGCCUAGUGUGUGUGUGUGUGUGUGUGUGUGUGUGUAUUGUUUUAUUUUGUCAUAGGAAAACAUCAAUGAAUCGUACAGCGCUAUGUCUUUUAAUAGGUGAAGGGAAGGACUAAUAAACAGCCUUCGUGCAGCGAGUGAUUCAUCAGUAAAUUCAUGGGAAAUAGCAUCUUGCGCACACGGAUCCUUGUUCAUAGCAAUCCGCCUUUUGGUGUGUAAAGAAAACGGACAACCAGAAAUAGGAGGACGGGGAGAGACAAGGCAUGCACCCCCAAUGUUUUCUAUAUCGGCCUCAAAAUGCUCCUAAAGGUGCUUAUUAAUAAAAAAAAAUCCCCCACCUGCGCAUGCUCGUUUCGCUCGCCACCUUUUCCCCCCAAUACGAUAAAAAGCCUAACUAAAUGUCCCACGCAAGUCUACAGUCACAUGUCUUCGUUCAAAAAAUGCUGCCUUCCCAUUGGUCGGCCGCGGCGCCCACCAGCCAAUCAGCGGCCGAGGGUUUGUUUAGCCCAGGCAUUUAAAGGUCGGAGAGAGAGGCUGCGGCAGUAUUUUAUUCUUUUUAUCUUUUUUAGGCCUACCAAGGAUUAUUUCGAGACUAGUUUGAGGACCUCCAGGAUGUCCAAGCUGCCAUCCUCCGCCAGCCGCCAUCUUCAUCAGCCCUCCAGACUCCGGCCGCCAGGGUCAGCCAUGAAGCGCCUGGGCAGUGACAGCGCUAUAACAUCGCCGCAGAAGAAGACCCGGCACUCAGGAGAUGCCGAGGACACAGGUGCAAUGGCAAGGAGUCAGCGGCUGGGUGGGCCUCGUGCAGCACCUGGGCUUAGUAGGUCAGUGUCGAUGGCCAACCUGAACUCGGCCGCCACCCGCAACAGACCCUUGGCCAAGAGGGGCGUGGCCCAGUCCAGGUUAGGUGCCUCCACCCUCAACCUCACUGGCCGCCCAUCUAACAUCACAGCUGCAUCCGCCACGCUCGCCCGCCAAGCCACAGGUGCUGCAUCUCGCCGACCGGGAGCAAACAUCACAAACCGCGUCAACAGUGUACAGGAGGCUGAUGGGGGAGACGGGGCUAAAGGCAAACGCAAGAGGGCACCCUGGGACCUGAAGGGGCGGCUGCAGGAUAUGGAGCAGGUGCUGAAGUCGACCACAGUGGAGCGCGAGAGCCUGGUGGCCAAGUUCUCGGACUACGACAGUCGCAUCCAGAUGUUGGAGCAAGAGAAACAGCACCUGAACCAGAACUUGCAACAGUCCCACACCACCUCACAGGCCAACCAGGAGCAGAUAGACUCACUCAGUGCCAAGCUUAACGAUGAGAUGAGGCAGAGAAAGAGUGAACGAGAACGGCUGGAGAUGAACAUUGAGGAGCUUGAGUCCAAGAAGUCUGCCCUAGAGAGGAAGAUCAAGUUGCUGGAGGCUGAUCUUGCUGCCAAGGAGGAUGAACUGGCAGGUCUUAAGUCCACCGUCUCCAACCUAACAAGAGCGUCCAGCGGCCUCGAGGCUCAGCUCUCCUCCACCAAGAUGCUGCUGGAUGACCGCAGCCGCCGCGUGGAGGAGCUGGAGGCCCAGACUGCCAGGCAGGCCACUACCAUCACCACCAUGGAGAGCAAGCUGGUGGAGGGUGAGACUUGCCGCAGGAAGCUCCACAACCAAGUACUGGAGCUGAAGGGCAACAUCCGUGUGUUCUGUCGGGUGCGUCCCUUGAUAGGCGAGGAGAUCAAGAACAAUGGCGACACUGAUGUCAUCCACCACAUCAGCUUUAUUGACGAACGGACGCUGGAACUCUGCAAGGGUGGUGAUGGCAACAGUAGCACCAUGUCUGGCCUCAAGGGGCGAGGGAACGGCAACCUGGAAUUCUCCUACGACAAGGUGUUCACCCCAUGCUCAACACAAGCCGAGGUGUUUGAGGAGAUCUCCCAGCUGGUGCAGUCGGCGCUGGACGGCUACAACGUGUGCGUGUUCGCCUAUGGCCAGACCGGCUCAGGCAAAACCUUCACCAUGGAGGGCUGCCCAGACAGUGAUGAGCUGGAGGGCGUCAUCACCAGGACCGUCAGGAACAUUUUUACCUCCAUGAAGGAACUGGAGGAGAAGGGCUGGACGUACAAGGUGGAGGCAAGCUUCCUCGAGAUCUACAACGAGACCAUCCGGGACCUGCUGGUGUCAUCCAAGGAUGCCAAGAACCUGGUGUACGACGUCAAGCUGGUCGACAACAAGAAGAACGACACGUACGUCACCAACCUGAAGGUGGUGCCCGUGACAGACGAGACACAGGUUCACCAUCUGCUGCGGAUGGCCCAGCAGCAGCGCGCCGUGGCUGCCACCAACAUGAAUGAGCGCUCAUCUCGCUCACACUCAGUCUUCCGCCUUAAGCUGGUCGGCGAGAACUCCAAGACCUCCGAGGCGUGUGAAGGAACACUGAACCUGGUGGACUUGGCCGGGUCUGAGCGGCUGAAGGAGUCUGGGUCUGAGGGGGCAAGGCUGACAGAGACUCAGAACAUCAACAGGUCCUUGUCCAACCUGGGGAAUGUCAUCAUGGCCCUGGCCCAGAAGCAAAGCCACGUGCCUUACCGCAACUCCAAGCUGACUCACCUGCUCCAGAGCUCCCUUGGUGGCAACUCCAAGACACUCAUGUUCGUGAACGUCUCACCGCUGGACGCUUGUUUUGGGGAGACCCUCAACUCCCUCAGAUUUGCCACCAAGGUGAACCAGUGCCACAUUGGCACGGCAAUCAAGCAGGUCAAAAAGUAGGGUGCCACACGGCUGCCUUGCCAGCCUGCCGGAGCCCAUUCAGUCUUUCACGAGACAACACUUAAUGCUUAACACUUUGGUUACCUUGAUUUUAUCCUCUUCU